AUGGCAUUCAAGUUAGUUGUCUUGGCAUGCAUGAUAGCGGCCACCAGUGCCGGUUUGCUCCCGCAAGUUUCAUACGCUGCACCACAGCAGAUCGUGCAUGCCGCCCCUGCAGCGUACCCCGCCCAAGUAGCAUACUCUGGACCUGUCGCUUACUCCUCUCCUAUUACGUACUCUGCACCCAUUACCAAGGUGGUUGCUCCCCUCACUAAGGCUUUAAAAACUCAAACGAUGCUCAUUACAGGAUAUAGAAUCUCUCUCAUCUAG